UGAUAAUAUCAGUCAAACUUGUCACAAUCUUUCUGCACUGUGGCUCAGAAGGGGAAGUCAAAUAACAGAAGGCUGUUCAGUGCCCUGGCACAGGAAACGUCUGAUCUCGAAAGCCAAGCGUUGCUGGAUGUUACAGACAGAGAUAUGAGUGUAGAGAGUGGUGAGGAGGCUCUGAGAAAGGGAAGUGGAGACUUUGAGGUGGAGGCUACCCAGAGCGAACCUAUAAUUCAGUGCUUGUGUGGUUUGUAAAUAAGAUGCUGUCAGGUGCCUGAUGGUUACAUUGUGCUGCUUCAAUUCACACCAAACUCUUGAGCAGAAGAUUGCUUGAUAUGCUCGGUUCUUGACCUGAAAUUUGGUCGGUGUGAUGAUAUUGUGCUCUCCUGUACCUUCUGAAGGAAGAUAUAGCUCUAAAUAGCUCUCGUUUUUAGUAUUUAAUAAACACAUGACUGAUGAAUGUAUGCAAGAUAUUGAUUUUAUAAUAUAAUCAGAGGAUCCAUUGGAGUGUCUGCUUUGUUAGACAGCGCACAAAGUUUUUUUUUUAAUAUUCAAGCAAGUAUCACAGCUGUGGUUUAUGCAUACAGACAGGAAGUAGUGUUGUAAUCAUGUGGUUUCAUAUUAGAAUGUUCUCUUUCUCUCUCACACGCCCAUUUAAUUCAACUCUUUACAUGCAAAACUGCAUUUUAUAAAGCAGGCGUGCUGUAAACGGAGAGUGUUGCUCUAUUCGUGCUAGAUUAGCUGCUUGUUUUGAUGUUUAAUGUCACUGGGAUUCACAGGAUUGAGUGCUGGACCCUCGAGGAGAGGUCGAUGCUGGAGAAGCCGAGCUAGAAGACUGUGAAAACACAAAGCAGGAGAUGAAUUCACCAAACCAGACCAGCAGGGAGAUGGAGAACUUGGUAUCCACCAAUAGCAGUGAGGAGAGUUCCAGAACCGAGCAAUCAGAGAGUGAAGAAAGGACCUUUGUGACCAAUCUGUACUGUUUUAUGAAGGAAAGAGGCACGCCAAUAGAGAGAAUUCCCCACCUUGGCUUUAAACAGAUCAACCUGUGGAAAAUCUACAAAGCCGUGGAGACACUUGGAGGAUAUGAUGCGGUAACCGCGCGGAGGCUAUGGAAGAAUGUGUACGACGAACUGGGUGGUAGUCCAGGCAGUACUAGUGCAGCCACCUGCACCCGCAGACACUACGAAAGGUUGGUGUUGCCCUUUGAGAGGCAACUGAGAGGGGAGGAGGACAAACCGCUGCCACCUUCCAAACCUCGCAAACAGUACAAGAGAAGCCCUGAGAACAGGGGAAGUAAGCCAGAGAGCAAGAAGAAGAGGAAGAUGGAGAGAGAAGAGUGCGAGGAGAAAAUGGGAUCAGAUCAUCACUGUGAGAGAGGCAUGUGUUCCCAUCACAGUACAUGGAUGUCAUCGUCCGAUCGCCUAGACUCUGAGAAGUCGUCCACGGUUCCUGUCCAUGGUCCGCACCCUGGCACCUGCUCCAGGGAGAACCCCGUCCUUCAGACUCCCACCCCGGCUGAGGUGAUCUCUCCCUUGGAGAAAAAGAAGCGUCUGGCCCAGGCUAGCCUCACCGUCCCUGCCUCUGGCUCCUCUGAGGAUGGUGCAGAACUGGAGAGACCCUCCGUCAUUCAGCUAUCCCACUCCUCCCAGUCUCCUGCUUGCCCUUCAUCUACUCGCACCCGCCACUCUUCCGAUGGCUCGCCCCUCCCCGUCUCCUCUCCGUCCGGCUCCUUAUCCCGUACCCCAUCUCCUUACUCGGUCUCCUCCGAAGACUGUAUAGCCGUGACGACCCAGAAGUCUCCAGUCAAAGAGACUGAAAGUAAGACACCUUCUCGUUUGCCCACUCUCCCCACAUCCAAGGCUGGUAGCACCAGACUUUGCAGGCCUCUCAGCUGUUACCCCAACAGCAAAGAACUUGCCAACUAUCACCACUACCAUUACCGGGAAUUCCUGCAAGCUGGUCCACACCACUCCGAAAAGACCCAAAGGAAUCUUUCAUGGACCUCGGAUGGUAAAUCCGGCACCAGACUUAUAUCCCACAGGCUGCCCUCACCUGUCUACCCCAAAGCCUGCUGGGUCCCUCAUACCUCCAGCUUCUCCAAUGUCCCACCGCGUGAUCCCAGCAGGCCUGUGUCACUACAGCACACUUUUAAGCCACACAUGUCCUACCACCAGCACCUCCUAAAGAGGCCCACCACCGAUGAUGCCUACUUGAAGAUACCAGUGCCCUCUCAACUUCGCAUGACGGACAGGAAAGAUAAAGCAAAGACUAUGUUGCCCAAGCCUCUGCCUACCCAGCAGUACCUCCUCCACCCCCAUGGCGGUCUGACAAUGCCCUACCUGCCAACCUUAGAGAGACCCCGGGGAGACUUAGCCGAACAGUUGAAGGCUCUUCCUCUUCAACCUGUACUUCUUCCAGCCCAUCUAACAAUACCUCAGACCCACUCUAUGCAUUGCCCGCCAGUGGGCACCCCUUUUCCUGGGUCUUAUGAGGCUGCUUUGCCCUCCUACCCUUACCCGUUUCCAAUCUGGCAUCCACCUAAUGGGUACAACAUGACGGGCAUGCAGCCAUACUGAACUAUUCUGAAACUACUGGUCCUGAAGGGCCACUGUCCUGCAGAGUUUAGCUCCAGCCCUAAUCAAACACACAAGAACAAGCUAAACAAGGUCUUCAGGCAGGUGAGUUUUUGAUCAAGGUUGGAGCUAAACUCUGCAGGACCGAAGUCGCCCAUCUCUGGUCUAGACUUCAAUUGUGCUUCAGGACUACAAGUCAACAUGAAAUCAAAACCUAACCUGUUUAUUUUUUUAAUACAUAUUUUAGCCAUGUUAUUCAGAAGAAUAACGUGAUCAAAAUGUAAUAUCACGCUCAGACUCACCACUUCAACAUGAGUGCUACAUGUCCUGGCUGUUAAAUUAAUACAGACUCUGAUGUGGAACGGAUUUUUCAGGAUCAUUUUACAUGAAGUAAAAUGAGUUGUGAAUCAUUUCAUGUUAAAUUUGAAAGACUAUUGCCAAAUGAAAGACUGUUACAUACAGUAUGAGGUCCUGUAACUGGUGGAGCAUCACUUGCAGCACCACAUUUAUGGGAUCGAUUCCCAACAAACACAAAAUACUGAUCAAAUGUAUGCACUGUAAAUCGCUUUGGAUGACCAAAUGCUGUAAAAAUGUCAAUGUUACAUAUGUUGACAAGUUCAUCUAUGUAGCUAUAUCUGCAAAAGAGAAUAGCUUCUUAGUUGAUGUGGAUUAAGUGUAAACAAUCUUUCAAGCCAUUAAUCUAAUGAAUACAAAUUACUUGUGGUACAAUUCAGGUAUAAGUUUUUUAUAUUUUUAUAAAUCAUUACCAGGGCUAGUCUGUCUCAAAUUAGAAUUUUCAUACAAGAGUAAAUCCUUUUUUUAUUAUUAUUCUUUGUAUUAGUCUCAAGGCACUUAACACAAAAUCCACGUGUUUGACAAAUGCACCAAUAAUGUGAAAAAUGUCUGUAAUGUACAAUUGUAUACUGAAUGUAAAAAAUAUUUUUGUAUAAAAUAAAUUUGUCAAGAUCA